UUCUGCCGUUAUAUAUAAAAAAAGAUGUGUGCAGUGACAAAAAAGAAAGAAGGAAAUAAAACUUCGUGUGGUAUAGUGACUUCUAAUUAAUAGAAAGUAAAAGAAGUUGGUUGAGAUUCAAAAUGGCAUCCAAGUUGUAUUAUAAAGCUAUCAAAAAAGUUACUAUAGCAACGGGUUUUCUUGUUUUGUAAUAACUAAAAGUAGCAUCUCAUGAGAUUCGUGUUUCCAAAAGUGUAGUUUUUGUUGAUCAUACAUAGUUAGAAUCGUCGUCUAAGCAGGAAGGAGAGUAAUUUGGUUUUAAAACAUAAAAGAUUUGAAGGGAAAGCACCGUGAAGUAGAUGCGUUCAACUCAAUAUCGUACACUGUAAGACAAGAGGCCUGGAAACUAAGUGAAAAAAUGACGUAAUUGUGAAAGUACACUUAAAAAUACAUUAUAAAAACAUAUCGUUGAAUGUCGUUAAACUGUCGUGAUAAUGUUUUCACCGAUGUAGAAGUUGUGGGAAGAAAUGGUAAACCCUUGGAGGAAACCCUUGGAAGGUAAACCUAAGAUGCUCUUGGUUUCAAUAUUUUAUUUUGCAGAAUUCAUGUGUUGUACAGUUGUUCCUUCAAAAGUACAGAAAGUCAAUUUCUACUACUACAAAACGAACUGUAUAAGAGGUUCUUGGUUGAAAGAAGACACUGGUACUUGUGCUCCGCAGUAUAGAUUCCAACUGGAACACCAAAAACAAAUUUUUAUAACCUCUUCCAAUUCGGUCAGAAUGUGCAAUGUUUCAAAGAUAAAAAGAGUUAUAAUUUGGGCGAGAUACGACAGCAAAGCUGGACAAAAGGCAGUUGUUGAAACUUUGAAUAAAAUUUUGGAUGCUAAAACAGAAAAGAAUUCUGGAUACAAGGACAAAAUAAUUCUCGGGGUUGUUAUUGGCGUUGUGGUAUUGGAGAUAAUGGUUAUUACGUCUUUGAUCUUCAUAAAGCGUAAAGGCAAAACCUCCGCAAUUAUUCUUGAUGACAACAUCCAACAACACAUUGGAACAAACAACACAGGCUACCAAACCGACGAACAGUCAGCAUGUCGGAAUAAUCUAACUCUGGAAGAAAUAAAUCCGAUAUAUGAACAAGCUACUCCAUAUUAUUCUGAACUGAACGUAAAACAGAUAAAACCUGCGGUAUAUACAGAGCUUAAGAAAGUAAAUCCCUAAUGAGUUUGUUAUCAUGAUGUGAUGAAACAUUUUAAAACGAAACCUGGUUGUCAAUGACAACAGAAGAUGAAAGGAAUGCGUGGUAUGAACUUGAUUAUUUGGCUACACAAUUCAUGAAUAAAAACAAACACUUAAAAGGCAUGUUUAAACAUUGGCCAGAUGAUCUGUUCUGAUGUGAAAUGUGCUUAAACAAUAAUGUGUUGUAGGGAUAGUAAAUUAAUUUAAUAUGAAAAUAUAGAUUUUCCUCGAA